GCCCUAAGAGAGACACCACCACCACUACCAUCAUCAUAAUCCAAUUCAGUUCAAUUCACCUCACAACACCACCACAAACUCCACACCUCUCCCCGUACCCCUCCCCGCACCCGUGUUACUAAGCCAUGUACGGUGAUCUCGGAUUAAAGCUCGUUUGUCCCCAUAGCCUUCCCUCCCCCCCCACCCCAACUCAUCCUGCCCCCUCCUUUCCUCAAGUUCCCGAACCAACCCCCCCCAAUUAUACCAUCUCAAGCUGACCCUAAUUGAUUCACCAGGUCCAACAUGCAAAACGCACACAAUCCCUCCCCCAACUCCCACCCUAUCAGAGUGACAUUGUGCGCAGUGUAACCCGCGAAGUACGUGAUCUAGACCGCGACGUUACGGAAACACUCGAGCCAUUCAACGGCCACUUCGAUCCAGCCGAGGAGCCAGCCACCGCCUGUAGUCUUCUCGUCCGCCACCUUUGCAUGCGAAGGAAUAAGCGAUGUUUGCUAGCAUAUCACCGUGUCCGGGCGGAGAUGAUUGAGGGAAUGUGCUGGAGCGGCAGCGAUCUGCUCGAGCAGGCUCAGACAAGCCAGAAGAAGGCAGCUGAGGAAGGGGCGGGGAUUGUGUCAGCUGAGUGUUCGGGGACCAGCUCGCUUAGCCCUGAAGAGGAAGAGUACGCCCGACAGUACGGGGAUCUGUUAGCCGCGUAUAAGGGGCAGUGGACAGAUAUCGACCUCACCGGGUCGUUGGAGCCCCCGAGGGACCUGUUCAUCGAUGUUAGAGUUCUUAAGGAUGCUGGAGAGAUACAGACAGAAUACGGGUAAGAAGCUGUUGUCUUUUAUUUACUAAAUUAGAAUCGCGUUGACAGUGACACCAGUGCUAUUACCCUUACGAAGAAUAGUCAAUUUUUCGUUCGACAAGGCGACGUCGAAAGACUGAUCGCCCAGGGGUUCCUACAGAAGCUUAACUAG